CUGCCCUCAGUAAAGCUCUGAGACUCGCGAGAUGUCGACGAUCGUGCGCGAAAUGAAAGCGGCUGAUAUUGAGGAGGCCAGCCGGUUUCUACGCGAACAUUUCUACACUGGUGAACCGCUUUUGCAGACCUAUGCCGAAAAACAACAAAUAGUUCUUGAUACCAAUAAACGAGCGUAUAAGGAAUCGUGUAUUCAACAGGGCACUUCGUUGGUUGCCGUUGAUCAGAGUAAAGAUGAUCGCAUUGUGGGCGUGGCAUAUACUGGAGUACUGAAUGCGAAAGAAUUGGAAAAGAAUUGGGUGGAGUUAAAUGGGGAGAAACGUACGCAAUUCAUGGAUCACGUGAAGUACUAUCUGAUCAACAUUAAGAGAAAUGCUCAAUUUUUCGAGCAAUACGGAGUUUCGGAUGUGCUCUAUUUGAAAGUUCUGGCCGUGGAUUCUGCACUCCGUCGUCAGGGCGUGGCCCGUCGCCUGGUAACUGCAUUAAUAGAUGUGGGUCGAACCAAGGGAUAUUCACUGCUGGUGGCAACCUGCACCGGCCUCUACUCGACGCAACUCAUGGCCUCUCUGGGCAUGGACUGUGUGCACUCGGAACUCUACUGUGACUAUAAAGAUGAUGAUGGGAAUGUGGUGUUCAAGCCGCAAGCACCACAUACGAAGGCAAGCGUUAUGGCAUUAAAAUUGUAGGGUAUUAGUAAAGAAAUUAUUCGAAUUAUAUGUUAUUAAUAAACAUCAUACAAAUUGAAGAAA